AUGACGUUAAGCAUCCUCGACGAAAAAGACAUGAGCACCAGUUUCCUUUCACAAACAACAUAUCCCGAUAACGACAGCCUUUUAGAUUCUUUGCCACCCAGUUUAGUUAGCUCAGUGAACUCAUCCUACAUAGUGUCAAACACCUCGCGAAAAGAUAAUCCGGAGACAAAUAUAUUUAGCUCAGCCACUUUCACGCAUCUAGAACAGUCUGAGAGGUUGCUCUCCGCUCGACCGAGGUGUCAACUAUACAAUAGCUUUAAACGCGACUCGAUUAAGAACUCCGAGAGCUACACCAAAGCUAGGGAGGAAGCCUGUCAAAUUGACACCGGUAAAAUUCUAAACGAGAACUGCGAUAAUGUGUCGCAAGCCAAAGAGUCGCCGAAACGGCAAAACGGCGAAAUGAACGAAACAAUUACAUUACACUACUCCAACAAUAAAUUUAGAGAUAACGACGCUGAGAAGGAGAACGUAAAUACGACGUUUGAGAAAGACGACGCGUUCUUCAAUGAGGUGGAUGUUCAUAAGCCUGAAGCGAAGACCAGCUUGAACGUCGCUAUGGAUAAGCAAGAGCUGAAUGAAAUUAUACAAGCGCGACAGAAGUUGUCCCUUGCUAGGAAGGCGUUGCCUGAUGCUGAUAGAUCACCGCAAAAGGAUACGUCGCCGACGAAGACCAUACAGCUACCGAAUCAGACUAUAACGGUGCCGCGACAGACGAUGGAGAACGCAGCGGAGUUGCUGUCGAGGAGAAGAAUUCAGAGGCAGGAGGAGAUGCUGCGCGAGCCACCGAAACGGAAUGCGACGUUCAAGAAAUCUCCAAAAGCCAACUCGAUGGACGCCACCGUUGUCUAUGUCAAAGCUGAUGAAGCUAACAUCAUUGAUAUCAAUUCUGCGACUAUGCACCUAAUAGACAGUACUGAAAGAACGCUACGACCAGGUGAAUGGGGUCUAGAAGAUCGAGCAAUGGUUGGAUCCAGCGAGAGCGCAGAAACAGACACGGGUACUUUCAGUUCUAGCAGUCCACCUGACCAUACGGAUCCCAGUUUGCACGUGGCUUCAACGCCAAUGAUGCACGUUCGCAAGGGAGCGAAAAAGGACUUAAUGGAGCUACACAACACGAUAUCGCCUAUAUACGAUGUUACGAGCGACAAGUCGUACACAGUGACCAGGGCACCUGAUGUUAAUGGUAUGGAGAGAACAUAUGACAUGAACACAACAGUAAUAAACAGUGCGACAAUGGUCAAAAGGAGUGCACCGAAACGUGAUAUCCUAACUGGAAAUUGUACGCCCGAGAAAAAACUUUCAAGCCCAGUACAAACAAAAACGUCUCCUACUAAAGCUAUGCCCACAUAUUCAGGUUCUAACUCACCAACUAUGGCGCCACCGUCUUGCGUACCUCGAAAAAUGAGCUUACCUACUUCCAAGCUAAGACAAUACAGUUCACAUAGAGAGCUUAAUAAAAUACCAACAGGUGGUCGUACAAUACCCGGCUUACCAGGACGGACAAUGAUGAGACGCAACGUGUACGCAUCGAACCCGGCUCUAAGUCCAACUGCGUCUGCGCAUCCACCACUGACACAUCUGCCGCAGCGACGGCAGUCCGUUGUAAUGCCACCACAGCAGCAGCGGGAGGCAAACGGCGAUUUCCAAGUAGAGAAACUGUCGAAGCCCGCGCUUACAGCGCCACCGGCACUCGUGCGGCAGGGAACGGAAACUCUGCGUAGAGAACGACCGCAAAGCCAAUUGGUUCAGCCAAAAGAUCCACCGCCGUCGCGUCCGUCUUCUAUUGCGUGCGCGUCGCAACUGCGUGUAUCAAGACCGACCUCCGUACCCGCACAGCGACCGGUGCCAGUUCCUGCUCAAGUAGAACCCCAACGACCACAGACUGGACUUGACGGUCGUGGAAGUGCGUUACCAAGACCGUCUCGGCUACCUGCACCCAGACGUACGCUUAGGCCACCUUCAGUAUAUUCGGUUGCGCCGGCAGCUGAUUUGGACCAGUAUUGA